AUGGCUAGAAGAUUAAUCGUCUUGCUGGCUCACUGCGAAAACCAGGGGGAUGAAACGCCGACGCGAUCCUUUCUUCUAGGUUACAAGUUAAGCUAUAGGCUUACCAGUCUCGAUGACCUAGACCUCGGCGUUAUUGAGGAGUUCUCCUUGGGUGCUCCGACUGAGGACGUCACAGUCCACGGAGAGCAGCUGCAGCUUGGCAACGGCAGUCAACAGGACAUACCGGCCUCACAUGUGUGGCCUGCCGCAUCGAAUCUUCGUGGCAUCACAGAGGGCGCCGGUCGUCACGCCGACGGUGAUGGCGAUUCCCUGCGGUUUCCGCUGCAGCACUAUCGGGGGGAAGAUGCCGACAACGGUGGUGUGGACUCUCUCACAAUGGCGGCCGUAACCGUACCCUGGGAUUUGCAGUACAGGCCGCAGUACCUGCCGUACCCCGCUGCUGCAGUUGCCUUCAGUGCUGGCAGCUAUGGGGAGAGACCAGCGGUGGUGGCAGUGGUGGCCGAAGGGGUCGAGCAGGAGUGGCGAUCCGCUCGCAGGGAUGCGGUCCUCCUGGACUGGUGGCGGGAAGUGAAGGAACGCAUCCACACGGUGGAGGCAGCCGAGGAGUUUUGGAAGGAGACAAGAGGUGAAGGAGGGGGCUCCGGCCAGCAACAGCAACUGCAGCGACGGCUGCUGCUGCAUCAUGCAGGGGGCGAUGAGUUUUGGACGGGAGCCCAGACCUCCCUUCCGGAGGUGCUUCUGGAUUACCUGUGGCCCAUGAGUGGUGUGGAUGGCGGCCGCCCGCACCCGCACCCGCACCCAGCGGGUGGUCUGGGGGGGCUUCCAGCCGGCGGUCCGCCGCGCUGCAAGAAGCUGCACUUCAUUGGACCGGCGGAGCUGUGGAUAUUUGGAACAAGGUCCAUGGAAAGUACAGGUGGCGCUAAGCAGAGGCGCGCAUGGCGAAUACAGUUACCGGGAGCAGUGGCGGCGGCUGGGCAGCAGCGGCAGCUGCUGCACCCAGAGCUAGGAGGCGGGCGAGACGCGGAUGGGGGCUCGGAUCCCGACACAGCUGGAGGUGGAGGAUGUGACCUGUACAUCAUUGACAAGUACAGCUAUUCCCUCAAAAACAGACAGCAGACCGUGGACAAGGUCGUGAUCGCGGAAUUCGUGGGUUGGGCCGUGAAGGAGGACUUGGAGAGCUGGACGAGGAAGAACAAGCAGACCAAGGCCAAGUUCGACCCUCAGGACUGGGGAAGCGGUGUCUUCGAGCUGCGCAGCAGCAAGGGGUCGUAUGUUAAGCUGCGGUGGGCGGCGUGGUGGCCAGCCCUGUACACGGUCAACGUGCCCUCCGGCAGGAAGCUCAAGAAGGAAGCGGCCCCGAGGCCCUCGUCUGCGAUUGCUGAGACAGCGGCUACUCCCAGCCCCACUAAGGACCCCAGUCCUAACCUGUCGGGGAGCAGCUAUCAUGAGGUAGCCGCUGCAGGAGGGAGCGGCUCGCACCCCAUGCGACCAGCCGUGGGUGGUCGUCAACAGCAGCAGCAGCAGGGGGGGCUAGCCGCGCUGCCUCCACACGUCUGGCCUCUGUCGUCUGCUGCGGGUGAAACCCACUCGCUGGCGGCAGUGGUGGCGGCGGCGCCAGCGGCGGCGGAGGCAUUAGCUCCACCGCCCCUGCCGCUGUCGGCGCCUUUCCAGGAGGCGCCAAUUCAGUACCGUGAUUACCAUUGUUAUCCCGAUACGCAGCAGGCAGAGCAGCAGCACCACCAAUAUCAGCAGCGGGAAUCACCACCGCCACAACAGUACCAGUACCAGUACCAGCAGCACCACCAUCAUUUGUACCCGGUGCAGGCACCAGCAGCAGCAGCAGCACCAGCAAUGGCACCCCUGACACCCCGCUUGUCGGGGGUGAACGUUUGUGGAGCAUUGGCGCUAGCAGCAGCACCAACAGCACCGGAUGAUGGGUCAUCAGCUCUUCCUGCUCACGGGAUAGUGGGGCCCGCAGCUGGUUGGCGGCCCACGACCCGGCAGCAGCAGCAGCAGCCGUACGGCUACGUUGUGGGCGCGGCGGCAGGGCAAGGACUGUUCUUCUCGGACAGUGACAACUCCCACACACUGGCUAGUACAUGCUACGAAAGCCAGCACCAGUAUGGUGGCAGUACUAAUGUUAUGCUGUCACAGCCGCCAGCAGUAGGCCCCAUGGCCUUCUGCGAACCUGAAUCGAAUGCAGCCUUGACUGCUCGAUAUGCUGCUUCUGCUGGUGCCAUGGCUGCUACUGCCGCACCUCCCGGCAUCUCGGCAGAAGCACCAACAGCAGCAUCCUCCGGCACCUCGCUUCAGGCGGUAUGGCACCCUGCCGUUAGUGGUUACAGUGGCGGCCAGUUCAUGGCAGGCACGUGCACUACGGAGGAGGAUGGCAUUGCUGCUGCUGGCGGCGGUGGCGGCGGGCUUGCCAGCGCUGGAGUGCCGGAGGUAGGAGGUCUUCCCUGCGAGGCGAGCAAGGCGGAUACCUGGGUGGUGACUCGUAGUGCGGCUGCGGCAGCUGGUGGCGGCGGAGGAGGUGUGCCCGUGUGGAGUGCUGCAAAUGGUGCUGCCUCCGCAUGGGAAGAAUGGCCACAAGUUCUGCUGGCAGCGGUUGUGGAUCGUGAUUUGCAAGGAUGGCGAUGGCGGCGGCGACGGCGAGGGCCUUCAUCACCGUCCUGUGGCGGAGCGGGAGGCCGUGUAGACUGCUCGGCGUACUGGAGCAGCGAUGGCCAUGAUCAUGUACACUCGCCGUACUUGGACGUGAGCCAGGACGAGAUGGGCUUUCGGUUUUUGUUUUCGCUGCUGGCAACAUGCAGCGUGUUCGCACAGCUACGGCCCUGGUCCCAGCUGGCGGUGGUGCUGCAGAUGAUCUGUGUGGGUGUACUGCACCUGGUCGUGCUGUGCUUCUGCACCGAUGACGGCGGCGGCGGCAGCGGUCGCCGUACGAUGUCUCGCAACAUUUCCCAACUGUGA